UUCCGGCCAUAGGACGGCAGUUGUAGGGACCCGCGGGUGUCUGGAUCCUUUCCGCGCGGUUCUCCAGUGCUGGCGGUGGUAGCUGACAUGAACUUCUCCGAGGUUUUCAAACUUUCUGGCCUACUGUGCAAGUUCUCCCCGAACGGCAAGUACCUGGCUUCUUGUGUGCAGUACCGAUUAGUGGUGCGGGAUGUGCACACCCUUCAGAUUGUUCAGCUAUACACAUGCCUGGACCAGAUCCAACAUGCCGAGUGGUCUGCGGACUCCCUUUUCAUCUUAUGCGCCAUGUACAAAAGGGGACUGGUGCAGGUCUGGUCUUUGGAACAGCCAGAAUGGCACUGCAAGAUAGAUGAGGGCUCUGCAGGGCUGGUGGCUUCUUGCUGGAGUCCGGAUGGUCGCCACAUCCUUAAUACCACAGAAUUCCAUCUUCGGAUAACUGUCUGGUCCUUAUGCACAAAAUCUGUGUCUUACAUCAAAUAUCCUAAAGCUUGUCAGCAGGGAAUCUCCUUCACCAGGGAUGGCCGCUACAUGGCCUUGGCAGAGAGACGGGACUGCCGGGACCACGUGAGUGUCUUUGUCUGCAGCGACUGGCAACUCCUGAGGCACUUUGAUACAGACACUCAGGAUCUGGCAGGACUAGAGUGGGCCCCAAACGGCUGUGUGCUGGCGGUGUGGGAUAGUUGCCUGGAGUACAAGAUCUUGCUGUACUCCCUAGAUGGCCGGCUGCUGUCAACCUACUGUGCCUAUGAGUGGUCCCUGGGCAUCAAGUCUGUGGAUUGGAGCCCUAGCAGUCAGUUCCUGGCAAUCGGGAGCUAUGAUGGAAAGGUGCGCAUUUUGAAUCAUGUGACUUGGAAGAUGAUCACAGAGUUUGGACAUCUGGCCACCAUUAAUAAUCCCAAAAUUGUGGUAUACAAAGAGGCUGAGAAGAGUUCGAGGCUGGCACUGGGCUACAACUCUUUCCCUCAACUCAGAGCCAUUGGAACCCUCCCCUCUGCAGAAAGCAAAUAUGAGAUUGCCUCCAUGCCAGUCUCCCUGCAGAUUCUGAAACCUGUGGCUGACAGAGCAAACCCCAAAAUUGGUGUGGGAACCAUGGCCUUUAGCUCUGACAAUUACUUCCUGGCCACUAAAAAUGAUAAUGUGCCCAACGCCGUCUGGAUCUGGGAUGUGCAGAAGAUGAGAUUGUUUGUGGUGCUAGAGCAGCUGUCCCCGGUGCGCUCCUUCCAGUGGGACCCACAGCAGCCUCGGCUGGCCAUCUGCACAGGAAGCAGCAAGGUGUACCUAUGGUCACCAGCGGGCUGUGUGUCUGUUCAAGUGCCUGGGGAAGGUGAGCAGCAGGGCUUCUCCACCAGGGCACAGGGACGCAGGCGAGUAAUCCUUACUGUCCACCCUCAGCAUCUUUGGGCUUCCAGGCUGUUCCCUGUGCAUGUGACAAGCCCCCCACCCAUUGUUGCAGGCAUGGGAGAGGAAGUGGCUCCAUCUGAUGGGAGGCAGCGUUGGGGCUGUGCUAGCCCUCUUGCCCACCCAUGUACCCAGGUGAUAUGGGGCUACAUUCACCUUGUGACUCUGACCUUUAACCUUAUGACUACAUGUCUUUCUCCAGGUGACUUUCAGGUUCUUUCCCUGUGCUGGCAUCUGAACGGAGACUCAAUUGCCCUUCUCAGCAAGGACCACUUCUGUCUAUGCUUCCUGGAGACAGAGGGGGUCAGAACCACCUUUGGGCAGCUGGGUGACCACACAUAGGCUCCAGGUGUACACAGACCUGUGAGAAAUCAAAUACCUCAAUGUGUGUCAGCUGUGCGAAAGACAGCGUGUCUCUGGAACAUCUUCCAGCCCAGAUGGUCCAGAUGCAAUGAUUUGCUUUUUUCUGCAAGGCAGUUUUGUAAAUAUGUAUGGUAUACAACUAAUUUUCCUUAUUUAAAUAUUUGCUAAUUUGUAAAGUGGCUGAUGUGUGUGUUUCUCAGAGAUUCAGAUCACAAGAGUUUUCUAGGUUAUUUUUUCAGUUCUGGGUUCACGAUCAUAAAAAGCCUCAAGCAGCAGCACCCUGUGUCCCUCAGUGCAGACCAGGCCUGGUGUCUAUUCUGGUGUCUGGGGAGGGGCACUCUUCCCAUCACUGAGUGGUGCCACUAGGGGACAGCCGAGGCGAAGUGGUGUUUCUAUCUGCUAACUCCACAGGGAGUCUCAGACCAGCAGUUAUCCCAGCCUCACCAAUCUCAGCAUUGCUAAAUGUUGGCACCAUGACUGUUGGCCAGGGCUGAAGUACUGGGGGGAGUGGAUUAGAGUUCCAGGUUGGAUUUCUUGUCCUAGUGAAAUUAGGCUGUGUGCAUCCUAUUGUUUCUUUUAUAAAGAGAACAGUAUCGGAUAAGUCCUUUCAAAUCCUUGUUACUACUAUAUGUGCACACUGAGUUGGCAAGUUUGCAAAGUUGUAACAGGAAACAAUUUAGUUUUGAAACACAUUCUAAGAUCACUUUCUUGGUUGUACUAAUUUUAUUAACUUCAAGAAGGAACAACACCCAUUUGAUUGCAAAUGUCUUUACUACAAGACCAAAAGCAAAGUCUCACCACUUAGCAGGCUUUUGAGGCAGCUUCUGGAUUUGGAGCACAUCUGUGCUAUUCAAAGUCACAUCAGGGUUAGAAAUAAAGAGAUAGAAAUCUGUAAGCAGCAUUUAAAGUUUAUCAACAAAUGCUUCUAGACAAGCCAGCAAGCUGUGGAGGAGGCAGGGCAGUGUGCUAGAUCCCACAUGGGAAAGCCUAUAGGCAGGAAGCUCACUGUGUGUUUAGGGAAAAACUGACCUGACCAAGACUGGAAUCUGCAUGGGAACAGUAUAAUCAGGGCAUGUUACCUGGUUUGUGAGACUCUACUA